AUGGCAUGUAAGGCUUGGCACCUGGCCCUGCUCGCGGCCUGCCUGCUGCACAGCACAGCGCUUGCGCAGAGGACUUCGUCCGGAGGGACUGCCUCUUCGUCCCGUAGCGGGGGGUCCUUCCGGGCCACCGCACCGCCACCGCCGCGCGCCGGGUCCAGCAGCCGUGGGGAGGACAGCAACAGCGGCAGCGGCGGCUUUGUCACUACCUUGAGCGGCGGUGGAAACUCCGAUCCGGUGAUGUAUGGCUUUGCCGGCCGCGCCUUCAAUUUCAUGGGCGACUCCGGCAAAAUCUACAACAUCAUCUCCACCCUUAACAUCCAGGUGUCAAUGAAGCUGAAGCUAGCACAGAUGUGGGACCAUAACGGCACAAACAUGGAGGCAAUUGGAUUCAUGUACCGGAACUACAAGGUGCUGGUUUCGCUGGACGCCAAGGAGGACGUGGUCGUGACGGCACAGGGGCGCACACUCAAGGUGAAGAACAUGGCGAAGCACUACGCAUGGCGGUUUGACGACGGUGCAUAUAUUCAGACGACAUGGGAGCGCUACAAGCCGGGCCUGGGCAACACCGUCACCAUUGAGACCGAUGUGUUGAAGAUGACCAUCUGGCAGACGCCGGCCGGUAUUGUGGACGAGGGUGGCAUGAUCCUGGGAGCCUGGCUCAACUUUGGGCUCAGCCUGGAAACGCCUCCGGCCAAUGGCCUCAUGCAUGGGAUCGUGGGCGGGACUUAUGACCGCUUCAUAAUGGGCGAGACGGCCGUCAGCGACCCAAAGAGCCAGCUCUACCUGCCUCCUGAUGGGGCGUUCCACGGCCGGUACAAGGAGGAGGAAUAUGAGAUGGCGGACCAUUGGGACACCACCUUCAGGGCGAACCUGUUCGGGGUCCAAAACCCCUUUUCCCAGACGCAGCAGCAGGGGCGGUCAAAUCUGGAGAUUGACGCGCCUCAGGGGGCGUUCCCAGCUUUUGCCCGCGCAUGCUUCCUCUGCGCGGCCACACCCUCUGGCCACACUUUCUGA